CCAAACCCUAAUUCACUUUCUCAUUCAUCACUCACAUUAUCUACUCUCAUCACUCAUCACUUUUGUAUUCUCCUUCUCCCACACACUCAAGACUCACACAGCGUCCACCAUUCACAAUUCCUCAAUCUCCUGCCGUCCGCGAUUAACUGCGGCUGGAACUCCGCCGUCCUCAUUUCACCGCGCCUCGAGCUCCGCCGUGCACGAUUCACUGCGCCUCAAGCUCCGUUGUCUCUCCGUCUUGAGGAUCACCGCCUUCGUCUGACCAGCGUCGCAGCCGACCCGCCGUCCUGUUCUCCGAGCUCUGUGGUUUCGCCGUCCUCUUCUAUAGCCCUCUCCUUCGUGAUCAACGCUGCAAAACCUAUCACAGGAAAAAUGGCAAAUGAAGAAGUGAAGCAUCUCGAAGACUGCUCUGUUUCCAAUGCAUUGGGCACUUGGGUAUUCUCAGUGGCAGGAGCUCUGCUGGCGAUUCCGGUGGGGAUAAAGCGCAAAUCUCUGGCACCCCUUGUAUUCUUUGGCACUACUGGUACUAUGCUGGAUAUUAUUAUGGGAAUUAGUGCUUGCGAAAGGGAACAUGCGGAGCGCCAAAUGAAGUUGAUAGAAGCUCAAAGAGCUGCAACCGACACUUCUUUGGUGGAGGCAAACACGGAUUCAUAGUCAGUAUAUAUCUUUCUAAGUUGUCAAAUUUGUUUGGUUUAUUGUAACAAACCAAAUGCACUUCGCUGGUGGUCCAUGGUCAAAUGUUCUAAUUGAUGCUUUUGGAAUUUUACCUUUAAGAUAUGUAAAUUAAAGCAGGUUAAUAAGAAAGCAUUUCUUUGCCCAUUUAUAAAUUGCAUAAA